AUGGAGAAAGACAAGACCGAUACGGUCACCCCGGCAGCUGAGGAGCUGACUGUGCCGGCGAAGCAUGAACCCAUCGCUCAGGUUGAUCAACAUGGUCUCGAUUACGCGUACCGCUCCAGCAACGAUGACGGCGCCGAAAAAGGCCAUUUCGAGCAGAUUAACCUGCAGAACAAUGUCUCCGCUAAGAUCAAGAACCCCCUCGCCGACCUCAGCAAGCCCCAGGUUCUGCGUGAUGUGGAGGACUUCGCCAAUGAAUACAAUGUCACCGAUAUCCUUCCCCAGCUGAAGAAGGGUGCCCUUGUGGCACGCAACCCGGAGGAUUUCGAGACUGUUCCUGACUUGACUGAGCAAGAGAUUAUGGCACUACGUGACGAAGUCCUCCACAAGUGGCGCCAGCCCAAGGCUCUUUACUUCACCAUCAUCCUCUGCUCGAUCGGUGCCGCUGUGCAAGGCUGGGAUCAAACCGGCUCCAAUGGUGCUAACCUCUCCUUCCCUGACGCCUUCGGUAUUCCCGAGAAAGGAAACUCGCGCAACCAAUGGAUCGUCGGCAUUGUCAACGCAGCUCCGUACAUUGCUAGUGCUUGCCUGGGCUGCUGGCUGUCUGACCCAUUGAAUCGUAUUCUCGGUCGUCGCGGUGUAAUCUUCAUUUCCGCGAUCUUUUGUGUCCUAACUCCCAUUGGUUCGGCUCUAACCCAGACAUGGCCCCAGCUCUUCGUCACCCGUUUGCUGCUCGGCCUUGGAAUGGGACUGAAAGCAUCUACCAUUCCAAUCUUCUGCGCUGAGAAUACACCUGCCAUGAUCCGUGGCUCGCUAGUGAUGUGCUGGCAGUUGUGGACGGCAUUUGGCAUUUUCCUCGGAUUUAGCGCCAACCUGGCUGUCAAGGAUACUGGAAGACUGUCGUGGCGACUGCAGCUUGGAUCGGCUUUCAUCCCUGCAGUUCCGCUGUUGUGCGGUGUUUAUUUCUGUCCCGAGUCUCCCCGCUGGUACAUCCGGCGUGGUGAGAUGGGCAAGGCCUAUCAGUCUCUCUGUCGUCUUCGUAACACCUCGCUGCAGGCUGCCCGGGAUCUGUACUACAUCCACGCACAGAUCCAGAUUGAACAAGGCAUGGUUGCCAAAAGUAAUUAUAUUACUCGUUUCGUUGAGCUGUUCACUAUUCCUCGUGUGCGCCGAGCUACUUUGGCCUCGUUCACUGUGAUGAUUGCGCAGCAGAUGUGCGGAAUCAACAUCAUUGCCUUCUAUUCCUCAACCGUCUUCUCCCAAGCAGGUGCUAGUGAUACGGGGGCUCUAUUUGCUUCCUGGGGUUUCGGUCUGGUGAACUUCCUCUUCGCCUUCCCAGCCGUCUGGACAAUCGACACCUACGGACGACGGGCUUUGCUUCUGUUCACCUUCCCCCAGAUGGCCUGGACCCUCCUUGCGGCUGCGUUCUGCUUCUAUGUGCCAGGAAGCGGAGGAGCUCACCUGGGCACAAUUGCCCUUUUCGUUUUCCUCUUCGCCGCCUUCUACUCCCCCGGAGAAGGCCCGGUACCCUUCACUUACUCUGCCGAAGUAUUCCCUCUGUCGCAUCGCGAGGUGGGCAUGUCCUGGGCCGUCGCAACCUGUCUCGGCUGGGCCGCGGUGCUCUCAAUUACUUUCCCCCGCAUGCUUUACGCCAUGACCCCCACUGGUGCAUUCGGAUUUUACGCUGGCCUCAACAUAACCGCACUAGUCAUGAUCUUCCUCUUCGUGCCCGAGACCAAGCAGCGCACCCUGGAAGAACUGGACUACAUUUUUGCCGUGCCUACCCGUGUGCACAUUCACUACCAAGUCACCAAGGCUCUGCCAUACUGGUUCAAGCGCUACAUCUUCCGGCAGAAGGUGGAGUUGGAGCCACUGUACAAGUUUGACCACAUUGCUACUGGCACUAUUGUGAGCAGCACUGAGGUCAAGGGUGACCAUUAG